CAAAAGUCAAAAGUCUAUCGCAAAGUUGUUGGCUAUAAGGCGAAAGCGAUCGCUGAUGCGGGAUGGCUCACUCUUACCAUGUCAAGACUGUGUUGUCCCUGACUCUGAGGGAUAUUUUCACCUUAGACACCGACUUUACCUAGAUGACUUCCUUCCAGCCUGUUUGGGGUCACGGCUUAGAGCUCAGCUCUGGCCAGAGAGAGCCCAUAUAUGAACUGUUGACGCCAUUCCAGGAUCUACCUCGCGAAAUAACUGGCCGCACUGUGUGGAAAAAAGAAGAGCUUCAGAAGAAUCCAGACCGAUGGAUCAGACACUUUUCAAGUAACGAAGUGAAGCAAAUCGAACAAGCUAUCCAAGGAGUCGAAGAGGGAAAAUUACUCCUUGCAGAGGUCAAUCGCUCAACCUUCAAGCUACCCUCCAACUUGCAAGCCAUAUUAGCUCAAGUCCGAGAUGAGCUUAUCAAUGGCAUAGGUUUUAUUGUCUUGCGUGGCCUCCCCGUGGCGUCAUGGACUACUCGUCAGGCUUCGAUCGCUUAUCUUGGAAUUGGCUCUUAUAUCGGACGUCGGGUGAGCCAGAACCGCCUGGGUCAUAUGCUUGGCCAUGUCAAAGAUCUAGCAGAAGGAAAAGAAAUCAAUGGCGAAGGACGUAUAUAUCGCACACACAAAGCCCAAACGUACCACACGGAUGAGAGUGAUAUCGUUGGACUGCUCUGUCUACAUCAAGCCAUGUCGGGUGGCGAAUCUCAAGUGGUCUCGACUCACCAGAUAUACAAUGUUCUACGCAAGGAACAACCCGACGUUCUUGAACAAUUAUGCAUACCGCAUUGGUUUUAUGACCGCAAGGGCGAAACUAGCGAAGGAGAAAACGAGUGGAUGAGGACUCCUGGUUACUACUAUUAUCAUGGCAAAUUGAGCAUGAAGUGGGAUUCGUACUAUGUUGGAGCCCUGCAACGUUUCUGGGAAGCUGGUUCAUUGCCCGAAUAUACAGAUGCCCAACGCGAAGCAAUCAAGGUCAUGGAGGAAACCUGCCAGCGCCUUUGCCUGGAGAUGACAUUGGAGCAAGGAGACAUACAGUUUGUCACCAACACGCAUAACUUACAUGCUCGGUCAGCCUACCAAGAUGCAGCUGAUCCGACGAAGAAGAGGUGGCUACAGAGAUUAUGGUUGGCCACUUCGGAGGAAGAGGGAGGUUGGCCUUUGCCAUUUGCUGACUCGAGGUAUGCAAAGAGAGGAGGAGUUCAGGUGAAUAAGACGCCGGAGUCGUAUCCUCUGGAAGCAGAGUGAAGAUUUGACCGGUAGGAUAGCCAAAGAUACAGUUUGAGAUGCUUGACAAUUUGAAUGGCCAUGAAUGAUCAGUUGAAGGAUGAGUGUCUCUACUGUA